AUGAAUGUCAGUAGCAAACCGGUGAAGGGUUUUCUUUUAGAUAUUACCGGUGUUUUAUACAAUAGUGAUCCAAACACUAUUGGACGUGUUAUACAGGGAUCAGUAGAGGCAGUUAAUAGAUUGUAUGCUGAAAGUGUAGUUCGAUUUGUGACAAAUGAAAGUACACGCAAUCGUAAACAUUUAUUCGAAAAGUUGACAAAGCUUGGAUUUACUCUAAAUGAGGAACACAUUUUUAUGCCAGUCCCAGAAGCGAAGCGAUACAUCAAGGAUAAUAAUCUUAGACCACAUAUACUGGUGCAUAAAGGUGUUCUGGAGGAAUUUGGAGAUCUCAAUACAAACCAUCCGAAUUGCGUAUUAUUGGGUGAUGCUGAACGUGGAUUUACUUAUGAAACAAUGAAUGCUGCUUUUCGAGUUUUGCAUGAUACGGAUGAUCCAUUGAUUGUUACUUUAGGUUGUGGAAAAUUUUAUCAGCGAAUGGAUGGACCAUGUAUGGAUGUUGGUGGUUUCACACGUGCAUUGCAGUAUGCAUGUGAUGCACGAGUUAUUACUAUUGGAAAACCAGAAGAGCAAUUUUUCAAAGCUGCUAUUGAUGACAUGGGUUUAACCACCGACGAGGUUGUAAUGAUUGGUGAUGAUAUUGUGUCGGAUGUUGGUGGGGCGCAGAAAGCUGGAAUCAGAGGUGUACAAGUUCGAACAGGAAAAUGGAGACAGUCUUGGAUAAAUCAUAGCAUUAAGCCAGACUUGCUGGCUGAUGAUUUACGAUCAGCUGUGGAUAUGCUUCUGAAGAAAAAAACAAACUGA